AUGGAAUCUGCUGCGCCUCUUCGAGCCGACCUCUACUACGCUCCACCCAUUCCAACCAGCGAACUUCUACCGGACGGCUCUGUUGGAAUGUGGCAGCCUACCGUCGUAACUCUGAUCUCCGGGCCUUCGGAGGCCGCACUGAUCGACACUUUGUUCACUUCGACUCAAGCUGUCUCGCUUGGUGACUGGAUUGAAGAGACCCUCAAUGGCAGGACCUUGACAACCAUGUAUACAUCACUCACGGUCACGGAGAUCACUGGUUCAGUGUUCCAUACCUUGUCAGCCGAUUUCCGGUUUUGGGGCGAUCUAUUCCCCGGACAAAUCGACGAAGACUCCUCUAAGAUCUUGGAAUAUCCCCUAGAAAACAACACUUUGACAGUCGAAGGCCACAAUUUGAAGGCUGCCAACGUCGGGCACACCGACACCGACUGCACUACUUUCCUGUACGUGCCAGCGUUGAACUUGUCGGUUGCUGGCGAUAUUGUGUAUAACGACGUGCACAUGCGGAUGACCGAAUCGCCUUCGCAGUCAGCUCGAGAUGAUUGGAUUAAAGCUCUGGAUACACUUGAGUCGUAUAAUCCAUCCAUUGUUAUUGGGUCUCAUCACCGUCUUGGUGGCGUCGAUGGUUCGUUCAACAUUGUUUCCGAAACUCUCAUUGCUCUUCGCUCUGUCGGGAAUGGUGCCGGAGACUGGCACGUGGCCAUCCGCAGAGGUGGGCACGGGGGUGAUAACCAGAACAACAUUGCCGAAGGUGUGACAAUCGACUUGACGCACCUCAACACCACCAUGUACGAUGCAGCUACGAACGUCGCAAGCGUCGGAACCGGGGCACGAUGGGGAUCUGUGUAUGCCGCGUUAGAAAAAGACGGAGUCACGGUCACGGGCGGAAGGGAAGCUGUCGUGGGUGUCGACGGACUCCUUCUCGGCGGUGGCAUCUCAUGGUACACGGCGCGGACGGGCUUCGCCUGCGAUAGCGUCGUCAACUACGAGGUGGUACUGGCGAGCGGCGAGAUUGUGAACGCCAACGUGUCUGCUAAUUCGGACCUGUGGCGGGCGCUGAAGGGAGGCAGCAGCAACUUUGGCAUCGUCACUAGGUUUGAUCUUCAAGCGUUUCCGGCAGAGAAUCUCCAAGUGGAGACGAAGACCUUCGGCCGAGAGCACUCUGACGACACCGUUAAUGUAGUCGCCGGAUUCGCCGAUCUGGAUAGAUCGUUUGAUGACAACGCGGUGCUCUUUGUCGUCACCUACGAUCCAGAGACCGAAGACAGCAUUAUGAGGGUGACUAAGGUCAAUACCAAGAACAAGGCCAACAGUACGGCAUUCGAUGCCUUCAACCGUAUCCCGACAAAUGCUGGAGCUGGAGCCUUGACCGCAGUCAAUGAUCCAAGGGUCUUGAGGUAUUGCAUCGAACAGCAUGAUGGCCUCGUCGCAGACAUGAAGGCAAUGCUCGGGCCAAAGAACUUCGCCACGAUCCUCGAUUUCCAGCCGAUCCCGUCGUACUUCGCAGACAUUGGCUUGCAGAAAGGGGGCAACAUGCUUGGACUCGAGCGAGACUCGCGCAACAAGGUUCUUUUCGUUAUGGGGGUAACUCUACUAGGAUCGAAAAGCGAGGAGCUCUACCCCCGAGUUUACCAGCAGGUCGCAGCCGUGAAUAAGAGGAUUGAAGACUUCUCAAAGUCUGUUGGGAGCGACGCUGAGUUCAGGUACCUUCCCUAUGCGGACUCGAGACAAAACGCAAUUGGAAGUUAUGGAGCAGCUAAUGUGGAGCACAUCCGAAGAGUUGCGGAGGAGUAUGACCCGGACAGCUUCUUUCAGCACAGAGUUCCAGGUGGCUUCAAGAUCAGCCGAGUGUAA